AUGGCAGGAAAGAAGCAGAGAGCCAAGGGCCAGUCUGGAAACGCGAAUAGUGCCGGUAAAAGGAAUGAAGUGGUGCAGGAUGAGAGGUUGCAAGCUGUGGUGUUGACGGACUCGUUUGAGACCCGGUUUAUGCCACUGACAUAUGAGAUGCCGCGGUGCUUGAUGCCAUUGGCAAAUGUGCCGCUGAUAGAGUAUACGCUCGAGUUUCUGGCCAAGGCUGGUGUACAUGAGGUGUACCUGAUUUGUACUUCCCACGCAGAGCAGGUACAGGAAUACAUCGACAACUCGAAGUGGAACUUGCCGUGGUCGCCAUUCAAGGUCUCGACUAUCUUGGCUCUUGAGGCGCGGUCUGUGGGGGAUGCUAUGCGAGAUCUGGACAACCGUGGGCUCAUAACUGGUGAUUUCAUUCUUGUCAGCGGAGACCUAGUGACCAACAUGGAGUUUGACAGGGCCUUAGAGGCGCACCGUGCCAGACGUGCGGAGGACAAAGAGCAUAUCGUAACGAUGUGCUUGAGUACAGCAACACAGUCGCACAGAACGAGAUCAUGCGAGCCGGCAGUCUUCAUGCUGGAUAAAUCCAACGACAGAUGUCUGUACUACCAGGACAUCCCGUUGGCCUCUUCCAAGAGGAAGACAGCAGUAGAUAUUGACCCAGAGCUGCUAGAAGGCGUUGAAGAGUUUAAGCUGCGCAAUGAUCUGAUUGACUGCCACAUCGACAUUUGUUCGCCUCUUGUCCCGGCAAUUUUCCAGGAGAAUUUUGACUACCAGUACCUGCGUAGAGAUUUUGUGAAAGGUGUUCUGUCCAGCGAUCUGCUAAAGAAGCACAUCUAUGCAUAUAUCACGAAGGAAUAUGCGGCAAGGGUAGAAAGCUGGCAGACGUACGAUGCCAUAUCUCAGGACUUUUUGGCCAGGUGGUGCUACCCUCUGGUCCUGGACAGCAACUUACUGGAAGAUCAGACAUACUCGUACGAGUCCAAGCACGUUUACAAAGAGAAAGACGUUAUACUGGCGCAGUCAUGCAAGAUUGGCAAGUGCACUGCAAUCGGCUCUGGUUCUACCAUCGGCGAGGGGACCUUUAUUGAAAACUCGGUGAUCGGCCGCAACUGCCAGAUUGGCGCCAAUGUCAAAAUCAUCAACAGUUAUAUCUGGGAAAAUAGCAUCAUCGGCGACAACAGCGUCCUCAACCACUCCAUUGUAGCAGCCGGGGCAAAGCUCGGCUCCGCCGUGACGCUGGAAGAUGGCUGCGUCAUCGGCUUCAACGUCGUCGUGGCCUCGAGCAAGACCAUCCCCAGCGGCACCAGGAUUUCCGCCGCGCCCAUCACCGUGUCUUCGAUGUCGGUGCCCACGCCGUCGUACAGCAGCGACGAGGAUAGCGACGAGGACAGCGGUCUGCACCCCGCCACCAGGUCCAAGUCCACUGCAAAGGCUGUGCAGCUGGUGGGCGAGAGCGGCGUCGGCUACAUCUACGAGAGCGAUGACUCGGACGACUCGGAGGAAACCGACGACUGCGACGGCGCAGGAGCAAACACGCUCUGCACCCGCAUGGACGAGCUCUAUCUGUCCGACUCGUCCAUCUAUUCCGCCUCCAAGACCAAGAAGCGCAGAACCCUCUCCACCGCUAGCUACUACACCGACUGGGAGGACGGCUCCGACGCCUCAGAGGAGGAGGAGGACUUCGAGAAGGAGGCCAUCGCCACCGUCGAACGUGCCAUGGAGCACAACCACGACAUCGACACCGCCCUGCUCGAGCUCAACACCCUGCGCAUGUCGCUCAACGUCACCUACCACGAGGUACGCGCCGCCACCGUCUCCGCCAUGCUCAAGCGCGUCUACCACUUCAUCGCCACGCAGACCCUCGGCCCCAAGGACGCCGUCGCCAAGGUCUUCGCUCACUGGGGCCCGCUCUUCCGCCGCCAAGCCUUCACCGCGGCCGAGUACGUCGACCUUAUGGACGUCAUCCUCCACCGUGUCGUCUCCAUGCGCUUCGACCGCCCGGACUUCAUCCUCUUCUGCGUCUAUAGCUGUCUCUACGACAGCGACAUCCUCGACGAGGACGUAGUAUACCAGUGGUGGGCCGCCGCCGCCGCCGACCCCGCCCACGCUGACGUCAAGACCCUGACCGCUAAGUGGGUCGACUGGCUGCAGACCGCCGACGAGGAGUCGGGCGACGACUCGGGCGACGACUCCGAUGAGUAA